CAACGGUAUCGUCACCAUUUCUUGCGGACCAUCGAAAGGCAUCGGUCAGUUAACGCACCGAGUUACAGAGUCGGUAUUAUCACCGAGCAGUUGUAACAGUUAACGCACCAUUCCCGUUGCAAUGGGUCUUUUCAAAAUCUCCCGCUUUCCUGGGUACGGGAGUCCAGACCACCAUACUGUGUACGAACAGGGUUCUGGUUGUGUACCGUCCAUCAUACGACACGUCACACAUCUUAAGGUGGGUACUCAUCCGCAUAGAUGCGGAAGCAGAUAUUAGAGACACAGUGAGACCGGCUAUCGGCGGUCGACAGUCCGAGCUCUCCUAUAAAAGAACGACCCUUCCCACUCUCCAUCUCCGCUUCCGUUCUUGCGAAACCUGCAGGGCCUUUUUUCCGAUAUAUUUCCCAAUAAAUUAGCUUUUUUUGGGAUAAAGGAGAGCGAAGGCUGAAAGGAGAUGAAGCUGAAGGGAAAGAUACAUCCGUCGCCGGCGGCGCAGCUUCCCGCCGCUGGCUCGCCCCAGCAGCAUCAGAGCCACGACGCCCUGGCGGUGCCCAGCCUCCUCCCGGCGGUGAUCCUCGCGCUGACGGCGGCGAUGGGGAAAGAGGACAGGGAGGUGCUCGCUUACCUCCUCACACGAUCGAUCGAGGGCUGGGCGGAGGACCGGCGCCAUUGCCAGAGGCCGGGCCGAACCCAGCACCGUCCGGUCUUCGGCUGCGGGUGCUUCGACUGCUACACCGGCUUCUGGUCGCGGUGGGAUUGCUCCCCCGACCGCGAGCUCAUCCACCAGGCCGUCGAGGCGUUCGAGGAGCACCUGGCGAGCUCGGAGAGCAAGGGCGGGGCCAGCGCGAGGGUGCGGCGGAAGGAGCGCAAGGCGGCGCAGCGGGCGGAUAAGGGCAAGAAGAUUAAGGAGAAAGAGACGGACAUGGCUCGGAGAAAGCCGGAGGAGGUGGAGAAGGAUGCCGCGCUAACGAUGGUGGGAGAAGCGGAGAGCGUCUCCGACGAGGAGGCGCCGGUGUCGGAGACGGCGGAGGAGGUUGAGGGGGCCGAGACCGGGAGCGGCGAGCGGCGGAGGGGGUGGGCGGACGUGAUUGGGGUAUUUAAUUCGCGCUUGUGGAGCCUCUGGAGUCCGGGCGCGUGACGUGUCGCCUGUGACGGGGAAAAAAAUAGAGGAAAAAAUUAGAAGAAAUAUAUUAAAUACUUUUUAAUCCGCUCUGUGAAAAUUAUGUUUUCUGUUUGUUUUGUUAGUUUCUAAUUUCCCUGUAAAUUCCGUAAAUUUUUCUCACUAUUUCCGAUAGCAUCGUUAUAUAUUAUGGAAA